GGUUUUUUAGAAUAUUCGUAAUAGUAACUUGUGUGUUGUGUAGUUGUCUUAUAAAUUUGUCACUUGUCAGUCGAUUAUUAUUCUACCAACGGUACUUUCUUCCGGCUACCGGUAGCCAGACUCGUAUUCAUAAACAUUCACCACUUUACUGUACAUUUAUAGUUUAUACUAUUUUACAUGAAUAUAAUCUAAUUAAAAAGCUCAACACGUGUGAUGUGCAGUCAAAUUGAAAAGAAAAUUACUUAAGCUUUCAAGGAAUACAGUGAUGAGCAUAAUAAAUUCGAUUCGUAGAUUUAUAUUUCGUCUACCUGGCAAACGAUUUGGAUAUUACAGAGCUAUUCCGAUAUUCGUGAUCGCCGGUGCGGGUGUAGAAUAUUUGAUGAUAACUUGGCGUCCAUUUGGUGUAAAUUUUUAUGAAGUAUAUAAACGCAAACAAGCCAAGGAAAUAGCUGCAAACAGAUUAAACGAAGAAUCCUAAUGUCAGGAAAUAUAUCAAUUGCC